AUGUUUUGCGGCGGUGGAGAUGAUGAAGAACCGGCGGUGGAGAUGGUGAGAGAACCGGCGGUGGAGAUGGUGAGAGAAAAAGAAGAACUGGCGGUGGAGGAGAAAGACCGGCGGUGGGGAGGAGAUUCGUCCAUGGAGAGAACAAGAUCUGCGGUGGAGAAAGAGAUCCGGUGGUGGAGAUGGUGA